CGUCUCACUCCACUAAAGUCGUUCACCAGAAUCACGUGGCACAAACGGACCCUCGACUCCGAUUGGGCCACAGCGGCGCCACGUGAUGGGCUGAACCCGGAAGCCGCGGAAGGAGAUUGUUUCCUUGGCUACGCCACAGGAAAGCGAAGGUCUGGUCCUUUCCGUGUUCACGUCGGCGGCGCUGAGAGCGGCAGGGGCAGGGGCAGGGGCAGGGGCAGGGGCAGCCGCCGCCGCCGCCGGGGAGAGGGGCGAGCAGCGAGCAUGGGGCUGAGCCGGGCCUAGCGGGGCGGCGGGCAGCUGCUGCCAUGAGCGGAGCUGCUGGUGCUGAGGGGGGGAGCGGGGACCCCGCAGCCCGCUGGGGGAGAUGGAAGCUGUUGGCCCUGGGCCUGCUCUCCGCUUCCUCGGUGCUGGCAGCCGCCCCGGGCGCCGGAGCCAUGAGCAGGGAGGAAAAGCGCCGGCUCGGGAAUCAAGUGUUAGAAAUGUUUGAUCAUGCUUAUAGCAAUUACAUGGAUCAUGCCUACCCAGCUGAUGAACUCAUGCCUUUAACUUGCCGUGGACGGGUUCGGGGUCAGGAACCUAGUCGUGGGGAUGUAGACGAUGCCUUGGGAAAGUUUUCAUUGACACUGAUUGAUACCUUGGACACUCUUGUGGUGUUAAAUAAAACCAAAGAGUUUGAAGAUGCUGUGAAAAAUGUAAUAAAAGAUGUUAAUUUAGAUAAUGACAUAGUUGUAUCAGUUUUUGAAACUAACAUAAGAGUCCUUGGAGGUCUUUUAGGUGGGCACUCUGUGGCAAUUAUGCUGAAAGAAAAAGGUGAAUACAUGCAGUGGUACAGUGGUGAACUUCUGCACAUGGCAAAACAAUUGGGCUACAAACUUUUACCUGCUUUUAACACUACUAGUGGUCUCCCUUAUCCAAGAGUUAAUUUAAAAUUUGGUUUAAGAAGUCCAGAAGCUCGAACAGGAACAGAGACUGAUACUUGUACAGCUUGUGCAGGUACCUUGAUACUUGAGUUUGCUGCUCUAAGCCGAUUCACAGGAACAUCAAUAUUUGAGGAAUAUGCACGGAAGGCGCUUGAUUUUCUUUGGGAAAAAAGACAACGCAACAGUAAUUUAGUGGGAGUUACUAUUAAUAUACAUACUGGAGACUGGGUCCGCAAAGAUAGUGGAGUUGGAGCAGGAAUAGACUCGUAUUAUGAAUAUUUAUUAAAAGCCUAUGUCUUGCUUGGAGAUGACCGUUUCCUGGAAAGAUUUAACACACACUAUGAUGCCAUAAUGAGGUACAUUAGUCAACCACCUCUUCUGCUUGAUGUUCAUAUUCACAAACCAAUGCUAAAUGCUCGGACCUGGAUGGACUCUUUGCUUGCGUUCUUCCCAGGCUUGCAGGUAUUGAAAGGUGACAUUAGACCUGCUAUUGAAACUCAUGAGAUGUUAUAUCAGGUGAUAAAAAAGCAUAACUUUCUUCCUGAGGCUUUCACAACAGACUUCAGGGUUCAUUGGGCUCAGCAUCCUUUAAGACCAGAAUUUGCAGAAAGCACCUAUUUCUUGUAUAAAGCUACUGGGGACCCUUACUACCUAGAAGUAGGAAAAACGCUCAUUGAAAAUUUAAACAAAUACGCUAGAGUACCCUGUGGAUUUGCUGCAAUGAAGGAUGUUCGUACGGGAAGUCAUGAGGACAGAAUGGACUCUUUCUUCCUGGCUGAGAUGUUUAAAUACCUUUACCUGCUCUUUACUGAUAAGGAAGACAUGAUUUUUGAUAUAGAAGAUUAUAUCUUCACUACAGAGGCUCAUCUAUUACCUCUUUGGCUCUCUACUACAAACCAAACAAUGUCUAAGAAAAAUACAACAACAGAAUACAUGGAGCUGGAUGACAGUAACUUUGAAUGGACAUGUCCGAACACCCAGAUUCUCUUCCCAAAUGACCCUAUGUAUGCUCAGAGUAUCCGUGAACCUUUGAAAAAUGUGGUGGAUAAGAGCUGUCCUAGGGGCGUUGCCAGAGUAGAAGAGAGUUUUGGGAGUGGACCAAAACCACCCCUGAGAGCCAGGGAUUUCAUGGCCAGUAACCCUGAGCAUUUGGAGAUACUGAAGAAGAUGGGAGUCAGUUUGAUUCACCUCAAAGAUGGAAGAGUACAAUUAGUGCAGCAUGCAAUUCAAGCAGCAAGUUCACUUGAUGCUGAAGAUGGUUUGCGAUUCAUGCAGGAAAUGAUUGAACUAUCCAGUCAGCAACAAAAAGAGCAGCAGCUACCCCCACGUGCUGUUCAAAUUGUUUCCCACCCAUUCUUUGGCAGGGUAGUAUUGACAGCUGGGCCAGCACAAUUUGGAAUGGACCUCUCCAAACACAGCAUAGGGACAAGAGGAUUUGUUGCAACCAGUAAACCUUACAAUGGAUGCUCGGAGAUCACUAAUCCUGAAUCAGUGAAGGAGAAAAUUGCUUUGAUGCAGAGAGGCCAGUGCAUGUUUGCUGAAAAGGCACGAAACAUCCAAAAAGCUGGAGCAAUAGGGGGCAUUGUUAUUGAUGACAAUGAGGGAAGCAGCAGCGACACUGCUCCUCUAUUCCAAAUGGCUGGUGAUGGAAAGAAUACAGAUGAUAUCAAAAUCCCCAUGCUCUUCCUGUUCAACAAAGAAGGAAAUAUUAUACUUGAUGCAAUCCGAGAAUAUGAGGCUGUAGAAGUGCUUCUUUCUGAUAAAGCAAAAGACAGAGAUCUGGAAAUGGAAAACAUGGACCAGAAGUCAUCUGAAAAUGAUUCACAUAAGCAGAGACCAGAAGAGACUUCAGCAUCUCAGGACCUCAGCUUGGUCAGUCAAGAGCCUGAAGGAGAAGAAAGUUCUGAUGUUACUCACCUUGAUUCAUUAUCUCCUGUUGAUGCAGACAGUGAUAGCAUUUCCAUUUCAAACCAGGAGUCCUGUAUCACAGAAAUCCAUGAGGCUAUUGUUCAAGAGACAGAAAGUACAGAAUUAGAUGACAAGCCUCAGGAACAAUCUCAGACUGAGAGAGAUUCCAGCUCCAACGUUAAUUGGGAUAAUAAAGUCCAGCCGAUGGAAUCCAUAUUAGCAGAUUGGAAUGAAGAUAUAGAAGCAUUUGAAAUGAUGGAAAAGGAUGAACUAUGACUUCUAAUAACUUAUUUGUGGAUAAACAAAAUGGUGGAUUUGUUGGGUAAAAAUGAGGCCCUAAUAUCUAAGAAUUAGAAAUUGUUCAGUAUUGUGAUGAGCAACCAGGUUUCACCUGGAUAAUAGAAACCCAGCAUGUGUUAUAAUUUAUAUGGUUUUAAUUUUUCCUGUUUCGAAAUGGGAAUGUGCAAUUGAACUGUUUGUAUGGCUCUAUUGCAUGGUGCUGUAAUACAGGAGGUUUCAUUCAGGGAAUUAAUCAGAUUUCAGCAUUCCAGGCUUCUGGAGAGCAGAUUGCCUUGGCCUCUGGAAAGGUAGAAGUUGAAUGUAAUGGGAUUAAUGCACCACUUGUUGGUUGGUUAUUGCACUUGAAGGCAAUAGUCAGAGGCUAUUCCAGUUGAAGGUUCAGUUUCACUGAUAAGGCCUUUAUGGAGAGAAAUAGGUGCAACUGUGAGACAUUUCCAGCUGUAAUGUCUUUAAAACACAGCUAGAAACAGCUCAAUUUGUCCUGACAUUUAUAUCUUAAUAAGAUAUAGCAGUGUUGCUCAUCACUCCUUCCAUCUGUUGUUUUGAAGAAUGUCCAAGACGACUUGGAUUUUUCCUCUUCUGCUCUUAUUUAAACUAGAGGCUGCAUAAACCAAAGGUAAUGUGCUCUAUUAGGAAGCUCUCUUAGGAAAAUUAAGAAAGCUUUGCUAACUAGAGGUUCACAGUGAUUAUGAAGAUUGUUACUUGAAUUAAGGUAAAUUGGGCAAAACACGUUUUAAUACAAUUUUUCCUUUUUUGGCCUUCCAUGCUUAAAACAUUCAAGCUUAAAACUACCCUAAGAUACAGAACUUGGCAUUAUUAUUGUUCUCUGAAAAUUGAAAUUCUCAUCUAUUGAGUAUCUGACAGUUUGUUUUCUCUACAAGAUCUAUAUCUGUCAGCCUUAAAUUUGUAACAUUUUGGGCAAGAAAGCCAGUAUCAAUAGUGAAGUACAGCUGUUUACCUUUAGUUAUUGGGUCCAUAAUUCAAAAUUUAGUGAUGUGAAGUCAAAGAAUAAUUGAUAUGAUACUUCGUGGCUUCUGGUUUGAUUGUUGUUGUUGUUUUUUUUUUUAAUACAGGUAAGCCUUGGUUCCUAAUUUAUCAUGUUUUUGGAAGUAUCCUCUAAUUAAACCACAAAUCUGUUUAAGCAAACAAGAAGCAGUUAGCUUAACUGUAUCCAAAUUAAAACUGCCAAAAAUCUAGUUUAAGUUGAUGAUAUAUAGACACGGGUUUUAGUUAAUUAGGGUUCAAUUCAGUAUUUAAUCUUUUUUUCCUUUUCAAAGAGAGACUUAACACUGCCUAGAUCACGCACCAGUCUAAAACUGAAAGUUUUUAUAUUUAUAUAUAAUCUUUAUAACGGCAGGCAGAUGUAUCCCUGUCUGAAGUGCACCUUUCAUUUUACUGGUGAGAUUAAAAUGUGCCGAAUAUGCAAAUGUCAAUCAGUACAGCCAUACUGUAUUGUACUUACAUAUAUUCAUAUACGGUUUCAAGUCCCAGACAAAUGUUGUAUACAUGUAAUCUGACAGUGACACUUGCUUUCAAGAGUAUCAAAAUGCACAAGUACUUUUGAGAGUACGUUAGUCAAUCAUAAUACUACACAGAAAUUGAAUGACAAUUUAACUGAAUAGAGGUGUAGUUAACUUUGAGAUAGUGAAGCAGUAGGGAACUAGUGAAUAAGUGUCCUUUUAAAAUGUAGUUUUAAUUUCUUUGCACAAAUAAAUAACUAUGGAGGUUUGGGCUUAAUAUAUUGGUACAGCGCUGAAGCUUAAUACUUUGUCAUUUUAGCCUGAGGGAUUGAUUUUAAAGGAUGGGAUUAUUCCUCAAAAUCUUUGAAGUGUCCUUUGUAACUUGGGUGCCCAGCUCGUGCAAUUGAGGUAUGCCUGGUAUGGCCACAGAAUCCAGUGACUUCAGGGUGUGUUUUUUUGGGCAAAAGAUGAUAUGGCUGCAAGUGACCAGUUGCACCAUAGGGUGGUAUAGUUCAGAAAUCAUAACUCUAAAAAGGAGUUAGAUAUUUCCAAAUGUCAGAAUCUAGUGCCACUAAUGAGGGUUUUUAUUCUAACUCUACUGGAUGUAGGCUACACUAAUAAGCUGCACAGGUUCUGUGUUUAUAUUCUCUAAUCUCACCAUGGAAGUAGCUUCAUUUAGGUAUUUUUAAGGAUUGUAGGUAAAGUGGUCCUCUGGUCAUUACAUUAGCAAAAGGUUUUUGUCAAAUUCAGUUUUUAAUAUGACAGCUAAAGUUUUCAGUUCCUUCCUGCAGAAAGUGAUUUAGUUUUUAACUCUAAAAUUUGUCUUUAGAAACAUUAUUAGAAGUUGAUGCUCUAAUUCUCUGUCACCACAAGGUAAUCAUUUAUGACUGACUAACCUUACAUUAAGUGUAAGCACCAGCACAACAGUUCUGACACAGGCACAUUCCAUCCUCUGAAGUGAGGGAUUGUUAAGAGAAUCCCUUGAUACAAUUUUUGAAGCAUCUAUUGUGUGGUUGUCUACCUCAGAUAAAUGUUGUCCCCUUUUUUUGAGAUAGUUUAACUUUAACUUUACCUUUUUAAGCGAUUGACGGCCAUAGAUCCAUGGUUUACAGAACUGAUUCAGGUAAAGCAGACCUUUGGGGGAAAAAAAGGAUAAAUUAGGGGACAGUUUUAUUCAGGUUUUUUCACUGUCUUUUUCCUAAUACAGAUGGAAAUAGACUUUUUUUAACCUCUUCAUAUCACUCUAAAAAUACAAUAAAAGUUUCUUUAACAUGUUAAUGCCAUUUUAAAAAGCAAAAGGAAUGUGUGACUGAACAGAAGAUAAUUUUGGAAAGGAGUACAGUGUACUUUGCAAAUUUUUAAGAACUUCCAUUGUGCUUAGAGAAUAUUCCUCUUGCAUCACUAAGUCAAUAUCAUGUGUAUAUUUCCCUACUCUGAUGGUACUAUUUUGUUAACUAGAACACUGAGAGUUUAGGAUUCUUAUUUAGAACUAGUACAUCUUAUUCCAUAAUGUAAUUCAAAGUAGCCAAUUAAUAUCUCCUUUGAUGUUAAAGGAAUAUUCUCUAUUUUACACUUACUGUUUCGUAAUGAAGUUUUAAAAUAAACUGAGCAUUAUUUCUCCUCCUCUUCCCACCGUGGUUUUAGCUGAAGGCUUAGCUUUAGUCAGUGAAACAGUGUGUGGCGAGAUUGUAGUGAAUGUUAACAGGACACCUUAUGCAAAGGCUUCAGUCAGAACAUAGAAAAAACAUUCUGUGAAUGAAAUGUAUGUAUGUUUGGAUUUUAUAGGAUUUUUUUACCAGCCCAAUUUACAUCCAUAUAUUUUCUUACGAUGUAACUUAUGAAAUAUCUAAUAACAGGUGCUGUAAUACUACUGUUGGGUUUUACUGUCUGGUGAUAAGUGUAUACAAUAUUUCUAAGAGCAACUGUGUACUGUGAUGUAAAAGUCUGGGCUAAAAUGUAUAUAAUCCUUGUAUAUAAUUGAGUACUGGAUUAUAAUUGCAGAUUGUAAAGAUUUAAUAAAAUAUGUAAAUAUUCUAGUCAAA